AAAAAACGACGACGAGUGUUUGAUGCAAUAAAUGAUGAUAUAGAGCCAUAUUAUAAAAAACCUAAACUUAAUACAAUUUUAAAUGUGACAAUUGAAAAAGUAAAUAAGGUUCCAAAUAACAUGCAGUUUGUAAAAAAAAUUGACAAUCUUUUCGUUUUAUUUAUAACUUUAUUGAAUAGAGAUAUUCCAACAUGGGUAGGAUGGAAUAGCCAAAGAAUUCGUGAUGAUCUUCCUCUUCAGAAAAUUUGGUACCUACCACCAAUAAAUGCAUCCCCAACAAAUAAUGCAGUUGUUUUGCACACUUUAAAAAUUGCACAAAAUGUAGCUUCUCAGUGUGCACAAAAAUAUAUCUCUGUCACGUAUGACUUACAAAUUGCAAAGACAGCUAUGCAAAUUCAAUGCCAAGAGUCGCCAAAAUAUGACAAUAUAUUUAUACAUCUAGGCGCUUUUCAUGUACAGUUGUCGUAUUUCAAAGCGGUUGGAAAAUUUUUAGAAGAAUCUGGAGGACCUUAUAUAUUAAUAGAGGCGAAUGUUUUGGCUGCAGGAUCAUUAAAGGGGUUCAUUACAGGCACCCAUUUUAAUAGGUGUAAACGAAUCCAUGGACUUUUAGCUACAGCAAUCCAACGUUUACAUUUAGAAUCAUAUUUCGAAAAGUAUGGAAUUGAUUCAACUGCUUUGAUACCAAGUUUAGAAAAUGUAGAGAGUCUGGAUAAUCUGCCUGCAGACAUAGACGAUAUGUUAAAUAACUAUGAAACAUAUUAUAAAGAUACAGAAAAUGGCCUCUAUGGCAAAACUGCUAAAUAUUGGAUAACUUAUGUGAGCCUUAUAAAAAUAUAUCAAAGAUUCGCAAGAAGCAUACGCACUGGUGACUUUGAGUUGUACGUGUCUUGUUUGCCAAAAAUAGCUUCUGUUAUGUUUGCCAUGAACCAUCACAAUUACUCAAGAUGGCUAUUGCGAUUUUACGACAACAUUGUCGACAUUGAUAGUACCCACCCUGGACUUAAAGAAAAUCUAAUAGCUGGUGGGUUAUCUAUUAGAAGAACUGAAAAGAAUUUUUCACGUACACCUGUAGACCUUACUUUAGAACAGACUAUUAAUGCAGAUGCUUCUGGUAAGGCUGGAGGAGGAAUUGCGGCGCUUACAAACUCUAUAUCUGCAAGAAAACGGUGGGCUGUUAGUCAUUCUCUUCGAACUUCAUUAACCACUCAUCUUUUAGAUAAAUUAAAUUUAUCUAACAUGGAAGAUAUUACUAACGAAACGCGACCUCAUAUAAUGGAAAAAAAUUAUACUGCUCUCUCAGAAAUAAGAAAUGGCAUUCAAAAUACACUAAAUCCUUUUGAUAGCAGAAUUAAUAAAACUAAACUGUUUAAUUUAGCAACGGGAAAGGCAGCUAGUGGAAAUACUGAAGAUUUCUUGCUAAAUGUGUUGCAAAUUGGAGAAAAGGCUAGGAAUGAUUUUCUAAUAGAAUGUAAAAAUAAUAAUGAAAGAUUUGAAAGUCCUAUUAAAAGACAAAAGGUUUAUACUUUUGCCUCAGAGUCCAAGAAACUUGUAAAGAGGGAUGGAAAAGACACUGAGGUCAAACUGGAAAGAGACUUAAUGGGAAGAAUGCUAAUAUUAGCGUUAGAAAAUAACAUUGAUCUGGAAUUAAUAAUGCAGUAUCCAUUAACAUCUAUUCCGUUAUCAUUAGGUCAUAUUGACGGAGCUAUAAACAAAACAGCAAAAUCGGCUUUAUUUAAAUAUUUAGAAAAAAGAACAAAUCAUUGUCAUCCCACUGUAGUCAAUUGCACCUUGGUUGAUGGUUUCUAUUUUCUGCACCUUAUAGCAGCCAAUCUGCCUAUGACAUUCGGUAAACUGGCUGGACAAAUUCUGUCAAAAAUUUGCCAACUAAAGGGAAAUAGAAUUGAUAUUAUUUUCGAUAAAAUAAUUAGUCCGUCUAUUAAAGAUCUCGAGCGAGAGUCUCGGGGAAUUUUUGACAGAGAUGUCGAAUAUAGCAUUACCGGACCUGACCAGAAACGACCUACAGAUUUAUUUAAGGCACUCAGAUCAGAUAAAUUCAAGUCCUCGUUGGUAGAAUUUCUAGUCCAGGAAUGGUGCCAAGAUCAUUAUGCCACUAUUUUAGGGGACAAAAUUAUUUACGUAAAUUGUAAUGAUAUAUGUUACAAAUAUAGUAACGCAAAUGGAUUUAUGUUACAAGAAAUUAAAGAAGAACUAAUAUGUUACCAUGAAGAAGCCGAUUCCAGGAUAGUAUUUCAUUUGUCUAAACUUCCAGAAGACAGCAAUGUCGUUAUAAAAGCUUCGGAUACGGAUAUAUUCAUUAUCGCCCUGGGAAAUUUUUAUGUAUUGCCUCAAAAUUUAUCAAUUUGGAUUGAAACAGGUACACAGCGUAACAACACAUUAAGAUACAUCCACUUGAAUGCCAUAAUUCUUAGUUUAGGCCCGGAACUAUGUAAUGCUAUGCCAGCUUUUCAUGCAAUUACGGGUUGCGAUUACACCGCAGCUUUUGCAAGAAAAGGAAAACUGAAGCCAUUCAAAAUUUUAGAACAAGAUAAGGACAUGCAGGCAGUUUUUGCAACUUUCGGCAAUUCUGAAAACGUAGAUGAAAAACAAAUUAAGGCAGUUGAAAAAUUCGCUUGCCUAAUAUACGGAAAAAGACAAACAACAGAAAUAAAUAAAGCAAGAUACGAAAUUUUCUUAGACGCAUAUAAACCCAAACAUAAUGACAAUGAGAUAUUUAAUCGAAUACGGCAAUUCGAUGGUAGCUCACUUCCACCAUGCUCAGAUGUACUUUUAAUGAAAAUUAAAAGAGUCAACCAGGUUUGUGGUAUUUGGAGACAUGCCACACAAAGAUCCCCUAAAUUUUACCUGCCUGAAAACCACGGUUGGAUUAUUGAUAACAAUUUGUACACACUACGCUGGUACGCAGGGCCCCAAUUUCCCGAAAAAUUGGAAGAUAUCCUAACUAAAGACAUUAAUGUACUUGUGGAUGAAUCUGAUGAGGAUCAAGAUCCAAAAUAUCGUGAAACUAGUGAUGAAGAAGAUUAA